ACCCGCUAUACGCUUCCUUAUUACUCCAACCUGUGUUUUAUUUCCACAUCGUUAAAACUUUACCCACCGCCGGGUAUAGGUUAUAAUGUUUAUCGUUUUAGUUUUGCUGAUAACAAUAGAAUCCCGAGCUUUUUGGUGAAUCAGUCGCUACAACGCAUGUACGUUCUGAAGCUUCAAAAAUUCCCAUUUAUUGCUAUUUCUAUUGUUUAUCGUUUUAUUUAUAAAUAAGCUGAUGUAAUUAAUAAAAAUAACGCGAUUCGAGCGAGGUUUCAAGGUGAGUGCAUAGUUUUUGUUUGUUUUGUAAUUAAUAGUUAGCAGAAAAACGGUGGUUUUUUAUUGGUCUUAAGAGCACAAAAUUACCAACUGACUAACGGGCAGAGGAAGGACUAAGAGACCCUAAAAGCCAUCGACAAGUAAAGUCUCAGGAUGGCGGCGUUUGUGGCAAAACAGAUGGUCGGUAACAAGCUAAACGCAGUUAAAGCAAACAUGAACGACACCACCAAGAGAUUUCCACCAGAAGACCGUUUAGGACCUUUGUUAAAUCAGCACGUUAAAACAAUAUUAGAAUCGGGAUUACUCCUGGACGAGGAUUACGAAGUGCUUUUGUCCGCCGCUAAUUUUAAAUUGUACCCACACGAAACCCGAAGAUUAUCCUUAGGGAUUGUUUUUGGUGGUGGUGUGGCCGUCGUCGGGUCACUACUUCUCGCUUUUAAAAUUAAGCGGCCAUCGGUGAUAAUUCCUGCGGCUGCAGCGAACACUUUCCUGUUUUAUUUGGGGAGAAAUGCUCGGAUUAAGUGGGAGAGGAGGGAGGAAGCUGUACCAGUGCUGGUGCGAAGCUUACUUAAGCUAAGAAGGCUUAAUUUCACUGUGUUGCGUUAUUUGGCAAUGAGAGGAGAGCAGUCGCCGGUAGGAUUUAACGAGAGCGUCAACGAGUUUCUUCAAAGUUUCUUGAAACACCAGCAGGAGUAUUUCGAGGAAUUAUUGAGGCACUUAGGUGCCCUGGCCGAACACACUUUGGAACUCCAAGAAGACUUUAGGGCCCUAAAGGAUUUUGACCCAAAAAGCCUUCUAAAUGGUGAACCUACUGAGGAAACUUACCAGCAACUUCUCUCAACAGUUCAAGACAUUUACACCAUUCUAGUAUCAAAAUACUUGAACUAUUUGGGGUUAGUUUGGCAAGAAUAUCUUAACCAUCAACACAUAAACGUGCAAGAAGUCUUAGACAAUAAAAUAUAUGCCUUUAAAGCCAAAACUGAUCAGCACACUAUGAAUCUUCAACAAGAGUUCAACAAUCUGAGAUAUAGUGCUUCAAAGAAGCUAGAAAUCAGCAAAUCAACCUCCUUUAGUAAAAACAUAUCCGGAAACCUCCGGAAAACCCUUGAUGCCACCAUAAACAGGCUCUCAUUAAUACUGGAACAAUCCAGAACAGUUUUAAGCAGAAUUGAAGAGGUAGAGGAUAACCAGGAUGUUAAAAACCUGGAAAUUGCCUUAAAAGACCUUAGGGAGCAAGCUCUAAGUACUUACGAGUCUCUUGAUGUACUUUGCAAACUAUUCGGAAUUUUAUCAGAAGCAAAUAACCAAACAGUAAAAGCUUUUAACCCAAAAACAAGUGUUGACACAACCACAAAAAAUGCUCCUACAGUAAACUUUGACGAUGCCACUGAAGCUUUAGAAGAAAACUUUGAGCUGUAUAUUCCUGAGGGUGCAGAAGAGGAUUUAUCUGAUGAUGCCAUGAACUGGGAUGAUCAGGCGGGAAAGUAUUUGAGUCUCAUGGUGAAGGAGCUUAAGCAAUCACUAAAGCAGCACGAACGGUUCAUCGCAGCCAGAAAUAAGAGAGGAGUGAUCCAGGAGGAAGAACCGAAAGAACAUAAGGAGAGUGCUGUUCCUAAAUUUGACCUUAAAGUUGUCAAUGAGAAUGUUCCUCAUUCCUCCGAGUUGCUUCCACCUCCACCUCCUCCUCCAUUGCCUCCCGCAGAAGCUCUCGAUGGCAGUGAGGGAGUUUGUGUGAGUGAGUCUAAGAAUAGUUUGUUGGACAGCAUCAGGACUUUAUCCGGACAACUUCAGAGGGAGGAGGAGGUGUUUGGGAGUGAGGGUUCUAGUGAAUCUAGUGAGUGUUAACGGAGAGUUUGUCUAAUUGUAAAUGGAUACCAGGUCCUCAUUCCACACAAUUCUUGAUGACAGUAUGAAGAAGGGAUUGCAUGAAAAUUUUGUUUGAGCUUUAUUGAACUUCAAGUGGGAUGAAGAAGGGGUUGAUCGUGAAGUUCAAGUGGAUCUAGAUGUACGAUUUGUUGAAAUAAAUUAGCUUUUAUUAAU